AUGAAAGAGCGGCCAGCAAAGAUGAAAUCCUCAUCAUCUGCGAUUCUCUCAGCCUUUUCAAUAUUUUUCAUUUCGUUUUCAUUGGCAAGUUCACAAUCUAUUCAGGACAAGUUUGUUCAAUGCCUUUCCAAGCAAUCUCAAUCCUCUAGUCCAAUCUCUGGAGCCAUCUAUACCCCUAACAACUCUUCAUUUUCAUCUGUUUUAGAGUCAUAUGUAAGGAAUCUCCGGUUCAUGACACCUGAAACCCCUAAACCUCUCGCUAUUGUGACCGCCUUGCACGAAUCCCAUGUCCAAGCAACUGUUGUUUGUUCAAAAUCCGUUGGCUUGCAGAUCAGAAUCCGGAGUGGUGGCCACGAUUAUGAGGGUCUAUCUUAUGUAUCCAGUGUUCCUUUUGUUAUUCUUGAUAUGUUUAAUCUUCGAGGCAUUGAUAUCAGUGUAAGAGAUGAAAGUGCGUGGGUGCAGGCGGGGGCCAGCCUUGGGGAAGUUUAUUACAGGAUUGCGGAGAAAAGUCCAGUUCAUGGCUUCCCUGCCGGGGUAUGUCCGACUCUUGGUGUUGGAGGGCACUUCACUGGUGGUGGCUAUGGAAACAUGAUGAGGAAGUAUGGGCUUUCUGUUGACAAUAUCAUAGACGCGAAAGUAGUUGAUGCUAGCGGUAGAAUUCUCGAUAGAGCGUCUAUGGGAGAAGAUCUCUUUUGGGCCAUCAGAGGAGGGGGUGCUGCUAGUUUUUGUGUUGUUCUUUCAUGGAAAAUCAAGUUGGUUCCUGUUCCUGAAACUGUCACUGUUUUCAGGGUAGACAAGAACCUGGAGGAAGGAGCCACUGACCUCGUUGUCAAGUGGCAACAGGUUGCGGAUAGGAUGGAUGAAGAUCUUUUCAUAAGAUUGAUGCUGAGCCCUGAAAAAAUUGGAAGCCCUCCAGGCCAGAAUACGAUUCAAGCAUCUUUUGUAGCUAUGUUUUUGGGGCAAACAGAAAGGCUUCUUCAAUUGAUGAACGAGAGCUUCCCGGAACUGGGUUUGCAGAAAAAAGAUUGCAUCGAGAUGAGGUGGGUGGAAUCAGUUCUCUUUUGGAUCGAUUAUCCAAAUGUAUCAUCAACAGACGUGUUGCUCCAAAGAAUUCCUAAGAGUGAAAGCUUUCUGAAACGUAAAUCAGAUUAUGUCCAACAACCUAUCCCCAAGGCUGGCUUGGAAGCCAUAUGGAAAGUAAUGAUGGAAGCAGAGAAUGUGGGGAUGAAUUGGAAUCCUUACGGAGGGAAAAUGAGUGAGAUUUUGCCCACAGCAACUCCUUUCCCCCACAGAGCAGGGAAUAUAUUCAAGAUUCAGUAUGGUUCCAACUGGAAAAAACCAGGGAACGACAUCGCUGACAACUUCUUGAAUUGGACCAGGAAGCUGUACGAAGCCAUGACUCCCUACGUGUCAAAGAAUCCACGGGAAUCAUUUCUCAACUACAGGGAUAUCGACAUUGGUGUGAACUCAAAUGGUACAUUGGAAGAAGGAAGAGUUUACGGAAGCAAAUAUUUCAAGGAAAAUUUUGACAGAUUGGUGGAUGUGAAGACGCAGGUUGAUCCCGACAAUUUCUUCCGCUAUGAGCAAAGCAUUCCAACUCGUUCAUCUGAUUGCAAGGGCUGA